CCUUUUCUCCUCCUUCUCACCUUUCCCAUAUAUAAAUUUACAAGUUUUUGGUUUUCUUUUUGUUCUUACUGUUAUUAGUUAAGCCAUGUUGUCCACUGUUCCGACGAUGGAAAGUCUCGAAUGCGAUUGGGAUUGCUCCCAACUUUUUUCCACUAUCCAAUCAGUAGGACCCGCUCGGUCGGGUUCUGCUUCGAGUGAACCAAACCAAACCCACUCCAAUUCCGGUUUGGAUGAAUCAAACCUAAAGCUUUCCAUCAUUGAGGAACGCAAGAGAAGACGGAUGAUGUCGAACCGGGAGUCGGCCAGGAGGUCACGGAUGCGCAAACAGAAGCAUUUAGAAAACCUAAGGAAUCUGGUGAACCGGCUUAGAAUCGAGAACCGAGAACUGACUAGCCGCUUGGGGUUCCUUUUGUACCACUGUCACCGUGUAAGGACUGACAACGACAGCCUCCGAUCUGAGUACACUGUUCUCCGACAAAAAUUGUCGGACAUACAGCAAAUUUUGCUAUUCAAGCAACUGCAACAGUUUUCAUCUACAUGGCCAUACAAUAACGUUCCUGUCAUGUCCGAACAAACUCCACCACCAUUAAUCAUCUAAAUGCAUACAUAUAUUAAACUUCACAAUAAACUACAUUAAAAUUCUCUCCACAAACGAGAAGCUAGCUAUCUCUAUCUCUUUCUGUAAAUUAAAAUGGUGAUAGAGAAAGAAAAUUAAUAGGUUUUCUCUGGGUUCUUUUCUGUCUUCCUUUUUUGCCGAAGAGAGGAAGAAACCAGAGUAUUGUAGUGUACUAAAAACAAGUUAGUCAGUGUUUGGUUUUCGUCAAAGUUAUUUUUGUUGUCUUCUUCCUUCUUCUUAGCAUCGGAAAGUCGUCUAGUUUUAAGCUCCUAUUAUAUGGUUUUGUUUAUAUUUAAUUGAACUUACCUUUUAUUAUUUUUGUUAGAAUAUGUUCCAAGUACCUAUAUCUUUUUAUAUUUAAAA